AUGGGACUGGAAAAGAGACGUCCCACUUUGUUUGAGAAGCUACAAUGGCUGGUUGCAUGUCAACCACAUCCAAAACAAUUAAAUCACGGAAAAAACACUGUCAGUGGGUCAUCAAACGCCAUAGCAAGGCAACCUGCUCCACUUCAGAUGGUACCAAGAAAAGAAAUACAGUUGCCUACUUAUCCUGCUGCAAUGUUUCUUGGUGAUAGUGAUGGAGAGGGGAUGAAUCUUACGGAAAAGGUUAAUGGAUUCGCAAAGGACUCCACUGUACCUUUUAGAGAAAGACUAAAGAUCUUGGCUGGGAUGGUAAAUCCUAAGGAUCUCAGUCGGAGUUCUGCUGAGAAGAAGCUUGUACAUGCAUAUAAUGGCAAACCAGUUCUUUCACACCCCCAGCACAAUUUUUACAAGGGUCCUAACUACUUUGAGAUUGAUCUGGGCAUUCAUCACUUCAAGUACAUAUCAAGGAAGGGCCUCCCAGGUUGCUUCUUUACAAUUGGUGGUAGGACAGGUGUUUGGUUAACUGUAGGCCAAUACUUCAUAGUCUUGACUGGUUGUAUGACUGGAGAAUAA